AUGAAAGAGCGAGCGCGCGACAGAGGAAGACGACGGUGUGAAAAGGGACCAGGGAUCCCAAGACGGGUACGCGAACGAAGUUUUCACAUCGUUCGUCGACGACUUGGUUUCGUUGGAAAUUGUGACGAUGAAUUGGAGGAGAAAGAAAGGAGGCAAUGGCUAUGGCUGUGCGAGGAAGGCGAUGGGCCUCGCAUCGCAUCGCAUCGCAUGCACGUCGCAGCGGAGCUCAUCUUCGAGUCACUGCCCAAUUCAAUUUGUCAUCGUCCUGCCAGAAUGGUUCUUGGAGAUGAGCUUAUUGUCUUUGUGGCCUGGGGAAGAACAUUCUUUGUUGAUUGGGAGAUUUUAUUUGAGUUCAAAUCCGAUUACCAAGACGUUGUUAAGGUCCUUGGUGUAGGUGACGGAGAGGUGUUGAGGGAGAUCGCAAGGCACAGGUCGGUUGAACACGUUGAUGUUUGUGAGUUCGAUAAUCCAGUUGAUUGUUCCCAUGUCGCAGAGCUGCCGAAUUAUCUUUUUUGGUUUCAAUUGGAGUUUCUGAAAUCAUGGGUAUCGAAGCUUCUGGAGUUUCGAGCGAAGUCUCGCGACAGGUAUUUCAGAGUGAUGAAGGUGUCUUGUAGUUCCAAGGUUUAGAAUCACUAAGAUUUUAGGUAGCGAAGCUUUAUACUAACCUGGAUCCAUUUAGGCAUGUAGUGGAGUGGCUGGCUUUAUUCUCUACUCUACACUAGAUCCCGCUGUUAAUUCUUGAGACGCUCGUGACUCUAUCGAUCAAGCAGUAGACUCUGACAAUUCUUCCAAGUGUCAUACGAAGUUCAAUAAUUCAGCUGCUCUUUUCUUAUUACUUGUUGAACUUCAUAGAUGCUAUGUGAACUGAAGUGCAGUUACCUUCAGCUUUUUCUAAUAUUUUCAGAAUGAAUUUGAAGAAACUAACUUCGUUGGAAUAAA